AUGGAGCCACAUCACACACUCGCCCAUAACUACGGCUCCGGCUCACACAGCACACCACCACGUUACUACACCGAAAAACACCAUGACGCAGCUCACACUCCGCCAACUAAUCCUCUUCACCAAGCUCCACCGCCACACCAAAUGCCCACUCCGCUAGGCAGCCCACGCAUGCCGAACCCCAAUCCCAAUCCGCAACCAAAGCGGCCCCACCCAUCUCGUCCCCACCAUUCCAACCCGCGCUCCAGCCGCAGAGCCAACUACCAAGGUCCACUGGAAGUGCGAGAACCAAGUAUCCAGGCCUCGACCCCAGACAUUCCCCCGGCCCACCACACGCAUUCCCGAGAAGCGACUCUGCCGCGCUGGUUCGCUUCGCGGGUACGAGACGCUACACCAUCUGCGGCCGACAAAGCACACGCCUCCAUGAUGGAAAAGUAUGCUGGUUCGAGCGCGCAGGUCGGUGUGCAGGGUACAGCACCGUGGCAGCGGUUCGAGACGCGCAGGGUGGAGACCACGACCGAGAGAGUGUGGCAGAGGGAGUUUGUCCGCGUGAGGCAUGAGCAGAGGACUUGGGUGCGGCGGGGUCAGGAGAAGAAGGGGAAGGGGAAGGGGACUAGGAGGCAGGGGUCGAAUGGUGUUGAGUGGAAGGAGGAGCAGAAGGAGAGGAGGGAGACGUGGAUUAGGUGUUUGUAG